GGGGCAUUCGGAAGAAACUGACCACCACUGCCAUGUCUGAUAUCUGGAGUGGGGAUAUCCUGCUACCCGACGGUGAAUCAAUUAAAAAUGUUGGCCUCGCAUUACCAGCCAGUGUAUCAAGUCCACUGUCCCCCACAGCUAUCUUACGCUUCCUUACCACGGUCGACACCGUACAAAUCCCUCUGUAUCUCGCCGCGGGGCCCAGCUUGGAUGUGUGGACAAGUGAUGAAGCCACGGAAGCGUGGUUCCACACCAUCUUGCUGAGCACGCCUGUGUCGGCAGGCGCAGGUGAAGCAACAGAGUGGUGGACGUGUCCGCGUUCACAGUCGCCCGUGGGCAUCCUGGUGCAAGUUGACAGCGAAGGAGCGCACACAGCAAGGCCCAGGGUGAGCGAGAUAGUCUUCUACGGCACCAUUUCUGCUGCCUGUCACGACCAGUCGCAGCGCAUACCCGAGUUACGAGUACAUGCACUGCCCCUGUCUUCCGAUCGAUUGUAUCAGCAUGUCAUUCCAGAACUUUCCCAUCUCUCGCCAGCAGAUGACGUGGAAGUCAACGCCCAAUUCUUGACGCCACCAUGCGAGCUCCACAAAGCACCAGGGUCCCCCAAACAAAAGCGGGAUAUCUUUGCAGAGGCCACCAUGGCAAGGAGAAAGGCUCGGGGCACAGGCGGCGUGGCCAUGGCGGCUACAGCUGCGGUCGCCAGGCAGAGCGAGUCACAGGGGUCGUAUGCCCACCGCAAGUCGUUGUCCAUUGACAGCAGAGCGUCACCGUUCCAAGACUCCAGACCGCCCUCCGCCCAGGGAGCUCUCUCUCGCCCCUCGUCACGACCCCUCUCCCGCUCGCCAAGUCUAUCUUCUGAUGCCCGGCCAUUGAGCAGAAAGGGCCCUUCUGACCCUCAGGUCAAACGCUCCAAUCUAUCGCAUGUCGCCACUGUGCCCCUGCAACCUGAAGAGCCCACGACCGAGUCCAAGAAUAAGGAGACACUUUCAAGAGUUGUCAUGGCGGCGAUGCGUAUGCAUGGAUUACAACAACGGAAGAAAACUGUGUCUCGCCGCGCUUCCGUGGGACCUGGUGCUGAAGAGAGCUGGCAAAGUAAUGACGAGCCUGCGGCUGAAGAAGCGAAGGACGAAGAGUAUAAGCUGAUCUAUCAUCAGACAUACAAAGGUGCCGCCUUUGCUCUGCGGAAGCAUAUUUUGGAGAAGCCACUGCACGCACAGCCCGAUCGAUUGCGUGAUGUCGUUGAGCAGCUGCUUACAAUCUUUCUUCACGAUCCACUUGCUCAGCUACUGCCAUUGUCUGAGCCUAACAGUCAUGUUGCAACGCCGCAUCGCCUCGGUGUUCCUGGAUCAACACACAACAACGCAAGCCCUUUCGACCUACCAAGUGGGGCUAGACCACCCAUAGGGAGAUCAGUGACCGACAGUAUGCUAUUUACGGGCUCGCCUGUUAGCAGGAAGAACCACGGAGUAAGCGCUACGGCAAAUGGUGGACGUGAUGCCGCCCCUAGAUAGCCCCAACGAUAGUACGAGACGAGCACAAGAUGCCCUGCAGCAACUUGUACAUUGAGUCUUUCAUGCAGCUAUAUCGAGACCGUGACCCUACAGACAGGACAAUGCCUACUAGACAUAGCUGUUUGAGGAUUUAGUAGAGUAAAAACAACUAACAACCUCAAUAAAUUCAAGUGUAAGAAAACUACAAUAUAACUACUAGAUUAAGCUAAGCCCGGUAAAGUCUAAGCUCUACAUCUUGAAAGUUUGUAAUUUUUAUACCAAUGUUACUAUAAUACCUAUAACGUUAGAC